UACAAGUAGCCUAACUAAUCUGUCAACAAAUACAUCAUUUUGUGGAUCUCUCUAGUCUGUUAUCUCAUUUUCAAACACUUUAGAAAAAAUUAACUACCUUUAUUUAUUUAUUUAUUUAUUUAAACAAACAAACAAACAAACACAUAAAUAAAUAAAUAAAUAAAUAAAUAAAUAAAUAAAUAAAUAAAUAAAUAAAUAAAUAAAUAAAUAUUCAAUAACCUCUGUUUAAUGAUCUCUUGGGUUAAAAGAGAAUCCUUCGUUUAGGUGCCGAGGUUACUCGAGAGCAACAAGCUGCUCAGCUUGGGGGGGAGGAGCUUCUGGAAUGAAGCGAUCUGAUUGGUCUGGCGCUCUUGGCUGUGCGCAGAGGCUGUCUGCCGCGAGGAUAGCCUUCAAGUCAUAAAAGCGAAAGUUAGUUGAAGAGUGGCAACAACAAGGUCUUUAAGUCAACUCGUAAAUAAUGACAAACACGCAUAAAGAUUUCAGUCAAGUCGGUCUCAAAGAUGAGGAGGAAGACUUUAUUGAUAUCCUGGAGGACAGACGGCACAGCAGUGAUCUUAGCUUCGCCUUCAGGACCUUCAGCCCUCAGCCGUACAAAGUGGCCCCGCCCUGCUCCACCGCGGAGCUUAAUCGAGUUGUGUUGGAGUCCCAAUUUCUACGCUAUGUGACCAAAGAGGUUGCCGUGGAGAUGGAUUUAUCUGUGGAAGAAGUGCAGGAAGAGGCUCGGGGCAUUUUGGGGGAAAUGUCUCAGAACCUGCAGCUGGGGUUUAUCAGGCUUAUGGCCUACACCUUCAACAAAGUGUUCAAGAGACUCUAUAGCAGCAUCUUUGUCAACAUGGAGGGACUCAACAGGCUUCAUCAAGCCACUCAGGAGAAUCCUGUCAUCCUGAUGCCCAAUCACAGAAGCUACAUCGACUUCUUGGUCAUCUCCUACAUCAUGUUCCUCUACGACAUCCCCAUCCCUGUUAUAGCAGCAGGAAUUCCUCUUGCAGGGAUGAAGAUUGUGGGAGAGAUUCUGCGGCGUUCUGGGGCGUUCUUUAUCCGACGCGCCAUCGGCUCUGACAAACUCUACUGGGCGGUGCUGUCUGAAUAUGUCAGAACUAUUGUCAGGAAAGGAUUUGCUCCUCUGGAGUUUUUUGUUGAAGGUUUCAGAAGUCGCACACUGAAGUCUGUUUCACCAAAACUUGGGAUGAUGCACAUGGUCCUGGAGCCCUUCUUCAAAGGAGAGGUGUUUGACAUCACAUUAUUGCCCAUCAGUAUUAGCUAUGACCGCGUGUUGGAAGAGUCGCUGCUGGCACACGAGUUACUGGGUGUCCCCAAGCCUAAGGAAAGCACAAUGGGUUUGCUGAAGGCCAGCAGAGUUCUCAGUGAGAAUUACGGCUGCAUGCAUGUCAACUUCGGCCGUCCACUGUCUGUGCGGCAGCUCUGUGAGGGGAGGAUAAAUCGCUGUCAGUACAACCUCAUCCCAAGAGAUCUACCAGAAAAGCCCACUGCAGAGGCCCAGGCCUGUGUGAGCUGGCUGGCCCAUCUGGUGGUUCGGAACCAGGAGCAGGGCUCUCAGAUCAGCCCCUGGUCUCUGAUGUGUGGCCUGUUGCUCCAGGUUCCCACCCGAGUCCUGACAGAAGAGGGCUUUCCGUGGCAUCAACUCACAGAGAAAACACUCUGGCUCAGGAAGCUGGCGCUUGACUUUGGGGGUCGACUCAACUGGCCUGAUGGAGUACCGGACUCAGAUGUGAUGUCAUCCACUGCCACCCUCCAUCGGGGCAUUGUUCAAUGUAAAGCGGGCCGCGUGUUCCUGGUUCAGCAGGACGAGCCCGCCAGGACACAUCCCGUCAGGCCAGAGGAAGGCGUGAUGAAGACGGCCGCUGCAGCGCUGAUGCUGGUUUCCUAUAGGAAUCAAUGCUUGCAUGUUUUUGUGCGUCCAGCCCUGCUUGCUACAGCGAUGCACAUAACCAAAAGCACACAAAGAGAUGAGCUCCUCGCCUUCUUCUCCUUCCUGCAGGAUGUUUUUUCCUAUGAAUUCAUCUUCAUCCCUGGAGAGUCAUUACAGGACUUUGAGGAAGCAUGCAGGCUUUUAAAGAAAUGUGGAGCAAUCCAUGCCAACCAGCAGGAAGUAGCUGCUGCACAGGGAGGGAUGGAGGUGCUGUCCUUCCUGCAGGAGCUGUUAAAACCCUUCAUCCACUCUUACCAGCUGGUGUUCAGGUACUUGUGCGAGGCAGAGAGCGAUAUCCUCACAGAAAAAGAGUUUGGACUUGCUGUGCGUGGCCUGGCCACAAAACUCCUCCUCACAGCUGAGCUUCACACUUAUGAAGCUCUUUCGUCAGACUUACAGAAGAAUGUUUUGUCUGCUUUGCGAAGACUGGAGGCUUUGACCAAGUUGUCAUCGUCGGUGAGCAAUAAAUUCAAAGUGAACAAAGCAGCAGUGAAAAGAAUUGCUGACAUGCUCUCUGGGAAAAUCCCUCCACUGAAUCUCCAGGCUUCACCAGAUGCCAGACUUUAGUCUGAUUUGGAACAAAUCCGCCGUCGGUGUGAGCGUACAGUCGCCUCCUCAUCCAUUCAUCUCCUCACUCUGCUGUCAUGGGAUUGCCAUGCUGCACUCCGUAGACAAAGUACUGUGUUAUAGAGUUCAGAGGUCAGGCUAAAUCUGACCACCACUCGCUUCUCAGCCAUCUCAAUUCCACAGUACUGAGGUGGGGAAACUCAAAUUCGAGCCCACAUCUGGUUGUUCAGGAGUUCAAAUCCCAAACGUGACAGUAAUCUAGCACAUUUUCUUUAAAUUGUAAAAUCCUUUCAAGUGGCUUUAAAUAAAAGCAUCUGCGAAAAAUGUAAAGCUGCAAAAACAGUUAAUUUUGCCAUAAAAAUAGUAAUAUAUUGAAUAAUAUAAGCAAAAUAUAGAUGAGAGGAAAUGUAAGAAAGAAAAGAGAUUCAUAUAAAAGUUAAAUUUAAAUGUGGCAAAUAUUUUGGACCCCCCACACCUUUUUUUAGCUUCAUAUUUAGUUUUAUUUUGAAAAUGUAUCUUCCAGUUGAAGAUAUUUGUUUGCAUUUCCAGAAUAAACGUAUAUUUUAAAAGGUAAAGUGUAAUACUGCCAAACCAGGAUCAGUUAAUUUUGUCGUCGAAAUACUAAUAAAAGAGAUAAUUAUUAAGAGAUAAAAAAGAUAAUAAGCGAAAUAUAGAUGUGACAAAUACAAAUGUUAAAUUUAAAUGUACCAGAUGCAAAUAUUUUAACCCCCUCCUUUUUUUAACUUGAUAUUUCAUUUUAUUUUGAAAAUUUAUCUUCCAUUUGAAGAUAGUUGUUUGAAUUUCCAAAAUAAAAUUAUAUUUUAAAUGGUUGGACAAGGAAAAAAUUUAGAUAUAUUCAUUUUAGUAUGUUAAUAAUUACAAUAAUCUGGAUCUUUUAACAGAAAAAAAUGCCAAAUUUUUCCUAUUGUUAUCAAUUUUUUUGUCUACAGAUUACAGUGAUAGUAAGUGGGUUAACUAUAAUAAUUUAUAGUGUUAGAGUUAAAUUUUGUUAAUAUUUAACAUUUUUUGUAUUGUUUGUGAUUGAUUCUGUGAAUGAAUGCACUUUAAAUUUUUUUUUUUUUAGAGAAAUUGUUGUAUUUGACAUGAAAUCAUUUUAAAUGACUCAAUAAUAUUUAAGCAUUACCAGA